AUCACUCUGCGUUUGACAGUAGACUGGCACACCAGUGACUUUUUGUUUUAUUGCCUUUUUUACCGCUCUUUUAUCACUUUGCCACCAAAAAUAAUUUAUAGAAAAUGGAAUGCAGCACAUACGUUUUGCGAAUAAAGACCAAAAACGGUCAAAAAACAAUAAAUUUGUUGUCAACCGACAAUGUGGGCACAUUGAAGGAGAAAAUCGCAGAAUUAUCGCAAAUAUCUUGCAAUAGACUGAACAUUUUGGGUGGUUACCCCCCAAAGCCAUUGGAUCUUACCGAUUCGACAAAGUCAAUGUCACAAAUUGGUGUGAAAAACGGCGACACAUUAAUUGCAAACGAAAAGCAUCCCGACGAAUGCACACCUUCUGUCUCGAUAGAAGCAGAUACUUUGUUGGCUCAACAGUUUGAUGAUUUAGAAAUGGGAGCUACUGUGAAUGGGCUGUUAAUGACGCAAACGGUUCCGUCGGACAACUCGUGUUUGUUCACCAGCAUAGGCUUCGUUCUCAAAGGCAUAGUCGACACAAGCUGCCAUCAUGGGAUGAGAGAAAUCAUUGCUAAACGUGUCGCAAGCGACAAAGAGUCCUACAACGAAGCAAUUCUGGGCAAACCGAACGACGAAUACUGUGCAUGGAUUCAAAGGCCAGAAACGUGGGGUGGAUCUAUUGAGGUGUCAAUCCUAUCGAGUCAUUAUGGCAUUGAAAUUGACGUUGUUGACGUCAGAAGUGGUGUGAUCAGUCGAUUCGGUGAAGAUAAGGAUUUCACAUCGCGAGUGUUUCUGUUAUAUGACGGCAUUCAUUACGAUGCUCUGUAUUUGGAGUCAGCGACUGAUCCAGUUAGGACAGUGUUUGAUGUCUCUGAUGAAGCUGUUGCGGUAAGAGCGCAGCAAAUAGCCGCGGAAGCUAGAUCAUCGCGUCAAUUCACGGAUGUAAAUCGUUUUUCACUGAAAUGCAUGCAAUGCAACAUCCUUCUAAUCGGCCAGGCUGAGGCUCAGCAGCACGCUAAGACAACCGGACACACUAAUUUCGGAGAAGUUUGAACUCCACAGCCAUUUAGACUUGAUUUGUGCAGAAACACCGUUUGUAUGACAACAUUGUCCGAUGUUAAAUUCGGAAUAAAACAAUCGCAUU